AUGCUAGGAGUAUCCCGUUUCACACAAGUAAGAGAUGGAAUUCGAAGCUCCGACCUCCGUCAGCGAUCAAAAAUCAAAGAUGCUGUUCUGUACGCCAAACAGUCGAAGAUAAAAUGGGCCGGACACGCAAUGCGUAUGAAUGGCAACCGAUGGACACAAGCCGUUAGUGACUGGAUUCCUCGAGAUGUCAAACCUACUGCAGAAAGACCACCGAUCCGAUGGUCAGAGUUCUUCACAAAGAGCCUUGAAGAAAGGUAUGAUGCUCGUCGUGUCCCUAGAGCGAGUGGAAACCACUGGGUUACUCUCGCACGCGACAGGGAAAAAUGGUAG